UUCGCAAAUCCUCUCGCAAAUCGAUCGCGUGAACUCGGCUCGUUGCCCAAGUAAGACCUGCUUGUGCGUAAUAACCCAUAUCUUAUAUCGAAAGGGUUUUUAAUCAAGGCAAACGAAUCAAGGAAAGAAAGAUAAUACAUCUUGAGAUGAGCAAACGACUGGAAACCGUAGCCACGAUGACCUGCAUGAAGAUGCUGCUGAUGCUCUUCAAUUUCGUCUUCUGGGCGUCUGGAGUGUUGAUGCUAUGCAUCGGCAUAUGGAUGCGCCUCCAGCUGCGGGAUUACAUGAACAUGAGCGUGCAAGGCAGUGGGGCCGCUUUGCUAGCACUCGCGUGCUUAGGCGCGGUGUUGACCGUCGCUGCGGUUCUCGCCUGUUGCUGCACCGCGCGGGGUCAUCCUGCUCUACUCUAUUUGUACGGCGCGUUCCUGGCUGUUGUGGCGUUGCUAGAACUUGGCGCGGGCGCGUCUGUUUAUGCUUACCGCGCGAGUUUGAACGAGGGAUUCGAUCAAGGCUUGAACGAGAGCAUGGCAGCUUACGGGCAAGACAACUCCAAGAGCAGUCACAUCGAUACUAUGCAAUCGACUUUGCACUGCUGUGGCAAUCGCGGGUAUGCCGAUUGGCUCACUCUGGAACCACCAAAGGAUAUUCCUUUGUCCUGCUGCAAGGUGCCUCAGGAUAAGUGCGAACCGCGGAACCUAGAAGACAUUUAUACUGAGGGAUGCUACAAUCGUGUACUGGACUUCAUAAAUAGCAACAUCGGUGUUGUGGCUGGUACGGCGAUCGGUGUAGCCUUUUUCCCAUUAGUCGGCAUCUUCCUAGCAUGCUGCCUAGCCAGUAAUAUCAAUAAGGCCGAGUACGAGCAGGUUGCUUAGACAAGGUAUUUGCGCAAAUAGCAACGACGAUCUUACAAUUCGCAUCGCUAUAACUACAACGGCGAACAACACGAUUUAAUGACAACACGGAAAUGAUUGAGACAAGCGCGCAUUUUAUCACUUUGGUUUUAACUGUCGACAUUUGCAGAUAAGAAUUGAAUAAAAACUCAUAAUAUGAGGUCUAUUUGUGUAAUAUAAAAUGGAUAUGGAUCUUAUAUACCAAUUAAAUUAUACAAAGUUACGUUAAUCUUGCAUUAAGCUCUUUAAUUUUUACUUAAAUGCUCGGUUAAUUGAAAUACACACUCUUAUAUUCUGACAAUUCUACAAUUCAUUUUAAUUCAAAAUUAAUAUAAAUCAAUAAUGUUAUAUCGUAAUGUUAUGCCGAGUUAUAUUUACUUGAUACCGUUACAGAUGUAAUAACACACUUGGAAUUUAUAUAAAGAUUAAUCUUUAAAAUUAAUGAUAUACAUCUAUUAAAUAUAUAUACACAGAUCUUAAUAUACCAUUUAAGAUCUUCUAAAUAAAGUUCUGUUAAUAUCAAGUUAUCAACAAAUUCUGUUACGUCAACAACAAAUUAAUAGAUAUUAACAGAAAAAUAAUGCCCGAUUUCUUCAUGUCCAGUUAUCUUGCGGUUAAAAUUAUCCAGGAGAUAAACUACCAGAUCCACGUACGUAAUUGGUUAAACUUGAGAUUUAUCCUCCGGAUAACUUUAUCAGGAAGUGAAGAAAUCGGGCAUAAGGAACGUACUAUUUUGGAUUAAUAUAGUUUCAUUUGUUUGUAUUUUUCAUUUCAAGAUAUGGUAAUGAAGAAAAUGUACAAAUUAAUUUAUGAAAACUUUUGUAAAGUUAAGGAAGAUAUGACAAUUAUAUAAAUUAUUGUAUAAAUGAAGACAUUCAUUUCCAUGAAAGAGUUAAAUAAUGUUGUAGAAUGCGAACGCAUAAUUAGCAUUUUUAUCGACAUUGAAAAUAUAACUUAAUUACCGCUAUCUUCAAAAAUAUUCAAUAUUUAAAUUGUACGGCGUAAAAAAUGAAUAAAUAUUUCGAUUUAAAUAUCAAGAUCUAAAAUUUGGUGAAAAUCAAAUAUACUCAUGAAGAUAGAAAAUAUACAUACGAAGAUAGAACAAAAUACAAGAGUAUGUCAGUAGUAUGGGUUAUUAUUUUUAUUAAUAGAAUCACCACGCGAAGAAUAGUUUGUAGUAGAGUUCAUUUCACGAAUGACUGCUUAUGACAACGAUAGUAUGAAAGGUAAAACAAACUUCUAUGUUUUUUAAUACUAUCCUAUGAAUCCCCUUAGAUGUACUAACGACUUCUUGAAUCUUAAGGCAGAAGUACAGACUUCUGCAUAACGCAAAAUGCACAAGAGAAUUAAUAAUCAGUCUUUAUUUCUAUUCUGGGAAGGGAAAUAGACGAUUCUGAUUGAUUUAUUCUUUUAUGCGUCAUGCAUUAUGCGUUAUCCAAAAGUCGGUGCUGCGGCCCUUAGUCUUAACGUAUUCCACGAAUUUAAAAUCUUUCAUUCUUAAAUCUUCCAAAUAUUUUUCGAUGUAUUAUUAAAAUGUAUUCUCAAAAAUUCUAUAUGUUCUAUGUAUUAUGUAAAAUCAAUAUAUUUAUCUUCUACAACAUUCGCCUUCAAAUAUUCACGAUUCAAUGUGCAUUAAAAAUCUUGUGACUGUUUUUAUUUGGGGGGGGGGGUCCCACUUGCCUACAAUUCCAAUUACCUACAGUUUUGUUUGCACACAAAUUUAGCAGAGUUGCUCGAUUGCCUACAUUCCCGAUUGCCUACAAUCUCGAUUGCCUACAGUUUCGUUUGCACACACGAAAUUAUUAACCCUCAAUCCCUACCGUGUUUUUCGACACCCUCUAUCCUUACCUAUGGGUCGUUUUCGUCUUCGCUCUUAUAACUAUAUAAAUAAUGGUUUAAAAAAUCUGAAAAAAAUCAUGUAUACUCUUCAAACAUUUCUCUUUAAAAAACUAUCAUUAUAUUAUCCCUCUCUCCCAAAUUUAAUAUGUAUUUUUUAAUAAAUAAUGAGAAAAAUCGGUAAAAAAUUUAAUUUUAAAAAAAAUAUAUAGUGAUGGUAAAAAUAAAAAAAAAUUUUUUUAAUCAGUUUCUAGAAGGAAAAAAGUUCCUCUUUACGAAAAAAAAGUCUGAUCAACGAAGAAUGAAAACAGAUAUCAAAUUUCAGCGUAUAAAAAUUGGUAUUUUUUGAGGAUAAAUAGUGUUGUAAAAUAAGGAACAUUAAUAAAUCUACAAUUUUUUUUCUGCUUAAAGUUUUAACAAAUUAUUAUUUAAUACAUAGUAAAAAUACAAAAUUAUGUUAUAAAAAUAGAAAAAGGACAGAGUUUAAAAGCAGUCGCGACAGCAAUUUAAACGAUGAUCAUCGCAAACGGGUUUGUUGCAUCGAGCACAACAUUGGUUUUAUCAUUUUUAUAUAAACAAUAAAAACAUCUUUUUUUUUUAAAUUUAUUAGUUAAUGUCCAAUCUUCCCAAUAUUUGCCGAAUGCUAAAUUUUAUUGGUCUGCUUAAAGUAUUUUGGAUUUCUAACCUGCAUUGUACAUGUUCAACUUAAAAUAUAUAUAUAAUUAUGUUCUAAAAUGCAUGUACGUGUCCAAAAAUACUUAAUUAUUAAAAAAAAAAUUUUUUUUUUAAGUUAUUUUUACUCACGUAAUCCCUAUCUACGGGUCGAAAACGUCCUAUUUGAAUUUUACCUGGCUGGCGUUUGGAAUAGAACAAACGGACCGGGCUGGCCUUUUGCAUUAAAAACUCUUCUCCUCCAAAGUUUUUUUUAGUACAACUUUGAUGGCGCUAGCAUUACGGUUGUACGAGAAAUUAAGAAUAGUAGUUUUAAGCAGGACGAAAACGACCUAUAGGGAGGGACUGAGGGUUAAAUAAUAUUAUGUGUGCAAUCCUACUCUUGUACCUUAAUUAUUUUCAUAUGUGCAAACAAAGCUGCAGGCAAUCGAGAUUGUAAGCAAUCGGGAAUGUAAGCAUCGAGCAGUUCUGCUAAAUUGUGUACAAAUGAAGCUGUAGGCAAUUGGGAUUGUAGGCAAGUGAAGCCCUCUCUUUUUAUUUCAUAUAAAUUUGACGAUUUUAUUUCGAUUAAGUAAUAUUUACAAUCAGUGCAAAAUAUUCAAUAAAAAUAAAAUUCUCUUUCGAUAAAUAAAAUUUUUAUCAUAUCGAGUUAUUAUAUCAAACAAAAUAAUGAAGCAAGAAAAUUAUCACACAAAACAGUAUGUAAAGUGUUGCUUUAUACGUUUUAUUAAAUAUAAUCUUGGAAUUAAGUUAUAUAAUUUAUUUAAUUUAAUUAUAACUUUCUUGCUGUAAAAUUAAAAAAUAAAUGUAUAUAUAAUUAAAAAAAAUAAAUGUAACAGAUGCAACUUAUGAGCGUAUUUACGAUCUUCUUAAAUAAAUAAUGAAAUAUAAAUAUAUUAUUUAUUUAGUGAGAAGAAAUAUUAUAUUCUUCGGAAAAAACUACGUAAAGGUUACCAAUACUGAUAUAUUACUUUUUGUUUUUGGAUAUUUCUUAAAGCCAAAAAUAAAACUGUAAAAAACUGUUAAUGUAAACUAAAAAGUGUCAAAUAACAGUUUUAUAAUACUCAGUUAAUGCAUGCGUCGUAUAAUUUUGUAACAAUUUUUUUUGCAAUAUAAUUAAAAAUAAAUGUCUGAAAAAUUGAGUCUCAAACAUAACAUAGGAGACUGCAAUGGUAGAAUUCAGACACGUAAUAGAGAAGUUAAUUAUAAAAUAAAUUGGAGAAAUAACUCGGUGAUAGAACAAUUUAAAAACGACAAUCGGUAAGACAAUUUAAUAAAAAAUUUUUUAUAAUUAUUUUCUGUAUAUUAAACAACAAAAUUCAUAAAAUAAAAAAACAAGAAUUGAACAUUUUAAAAAUAAAAUCAAUUAAAAAUUAAAAAAUAAAAAUACACAAUUUAAGAAAUUUUUUUAAAUAUGUUUUUGAUAAAUAUAUUUAAAAAAUAUUUAAGGAAUAAAUAAUUUAUUGGGAAUGAAAUUAUGUUAUGAAAAAACCAGAUCUCACUUUCAUGAUCUCAGUAACAGAAAAAUGUAGCGAUUUACGUGAUAAUUUUAUGUUUCAUACUGCAUUAUACGAAAAAUGUCAAGUUGUAGUCAUUUUACAAUACAUGUAAAAUUAUUUAAUAUUAUUAAAAUUAUUAUUGUUUAAACUAUGCAGCUUGCAAAAGAAAAUCGUAUAAACAUUUUUAUUUCGUUUCUGAAGAAUUUAUUUAUGAUUUAUUAUCAUUAAAUCAUAAAUAAAUUAUGAAUUUUAUUUUUUGAGUAAAUUUUAUCUAAAUAAACCAUAUUUUUUUUAUUAUUAACUCUCACAACUUUAGAAUUUGACAUUGUUGUCACAACGGAUAGGAUAUGCCCAAACAGUUUUUAUUUAUUUAUAUUUCCAAGUCCAAUUUUAACUCUUCGUAUACUGCAUAUUUAUUUUUCAACCUUCGCAUACACAUUGAGUUGUUGCCACUUAUGGCAAUUUUCAAACAACUAUAUCUUUUAAAAUAUUUAUACUACAAUUCUGAAAAAAUUCAUGGAUUAACUUUAAUAUUAAUAGAAAAUAUUUAUAUUUUUGGUAUUAAAAAUUAAGAAAUUUUAUAUUUAAAAAAUUAUUAUACUUUGCGAUUUAAAAAAAUUUUUUAGUUUUUGAAUUUUUAUCUAUUUAUCACGGUGCUACUAAAAGGUACAGAGCGUUGAAUUUUUAGGGAUCAAAAAAUUAUGGGUGGUAACCAGUGUGUAUAUGAAGGGUUAAAUAUUAAAUAGUUAAAAUUUAUUUAAAUAUAUUUUAUAAUCGUAAAUACAAAAUAUAAAAAAUUAAUAUCUUAAAAUAUUGUAAAUGUAUAGCUUUCAAAAAUAUUUAUAAAAAAAUAUAAAAAUAUUUUUGAACAAAUCAACUUUUUUGAAAAAUUAUGCCAUACCCAUUAUGACAACUGAUCGAAGAUUAAUACAAUAUUUAGUUUUCAAGAAAUAAAGAAAUUAAGAGGCCUAUGUCAGUAUUGGCGACCUUCUUUCAUGAUACUAUAAAUAAAUUCCCUCCGGCGAAACAAUUAAUUAAUUUGUCUACACAUUUUCUUUUCAUUGCAAUCAAACUGUUCUUAUUGGAGAAUAAUAAUUCAACUUAUAACCCUAUGAUUUAUUUAGCGCUUACAGUGCACUUGUGAGUAUCGUAAGAUCUUGUUUAAUAUUUAGUAAACAACAAAAUGCUUAAGCGCUUAAAAUGUGUAAUAAAACGUUUUGAUGAAAAGAUCUUAAUUCAAAUAAAUAAACGACAGAAAUUUAUCAUUUGUACACAAUAACUGAAUAAUUGAAAUAAAAACAUUCCAAACAAUAAAAAAUUUAAAAACAAUUUAAAGAGCUUACGUGUAUUAAGCACUAUAAGCAUCGCAUUUCAUUUUUGUUGUUUAUCAAAUAUUAAACAAGGACAAAUUGCUUAUAAGAAAAAAAAGCUCGAAAAAAAUCAAAAAAUUUAAGAAGUCCAUUAAUCCGCAUUUAUCAUAUCUUUAAAACUUUUCUAAUUUUUAAAUUCAUUGAAUAAUUCAAAAAUCUAAUAAGUUUAAAAAAUUAAAAAAAUUUUUAAAUUUAGAUAGUUUAACAAAUAUUUACAUUUUUAUUUUAUAUCGUGUUUAUUUUAGACUUUUUAUCAAACUUUGUUAAUCUUACCUUUAUAUAAUACUUAUAUCCCUUUAUUACUUAUCAAUCGACAUUGAUUCCAACAAAAUAUGUGAUCAUAAUAUUAAUUAUCGAAUAAAGAAUUGAUUUUAUUGCUAAAAUCGCUAACAAUUAUCCCAUAAAAUUUUUAUAAUUAUUUUUUACACAAAGUAAUUGUUGCGGAAGUUUUACAUUUUGUACAAGCGAUUAAUACAUAUAAUUAUGUAUUACACUAUUAUCAUGUUUCUACAUAUGACCUUUAUCAAAGUUGAACUAUUAUAUAAUAGUCAUUAACAUUGUGGGAAGAACUAUAUACAUAUUAUAUUAUAUUGUAUAUUAUAAGGAUUUCAUAUAUGUAAAAUACAAACAGAAAAUAUUUUACAAAACAUAUACAUAUAUAUCUGUGUGUGUGCACAUAAUAGACGUGCGCGCGCGCGCACACACACACACACGCACAGUAUAUGCAUGUAUAUAUACAUAUACAUUCAUUAAUUUAUUAUAAAAAUAUAAAUUAUACUUAUGUAUACAAAGUGAGACACUUAACUUGAUCAUUUUAAACAUUUUCUAUUUUUAUCAGAUUUUUAUUUUAAAAAAUUAGAGUUUAUGCUGAAAUUACUUUGACAAAUUUUUAUUAUUCUAUGUUAUAUAACUAGAUAUUAUAAUUCAGUAUCAUUGUAAUAAUUUUAUGAUAUGAUAUUAAUAAAAAUAUCAAAUAAGAUUUAAUAAAUAUAAACAAGUUAAUUGUCCAACUUUUAUUCUAUAACCGUGUUAUAAAGAGUAUAUUACAGAAUAAAAAUAAUUUAUAAAUUAAUUGACACUUAUAAUACAUAAAAAAGGUCUAAGAGCUCAUACAGAACAAGAUAUUCUAUGAAAAUCCUAGAAUAUUUUAUGAACAUUCUAGAUAUUCAUAGAAUAUUCUAGGAUGUUCAUAGAAUAUCUUGUGCUGUAUGGGAAGUUACUUACAAAUUGUUCUUAAAUCUAUAUGCGAUGUCAAGGCUGUGUCGAGGAUGUGUUACGUGUCAUGCAAAUCCGUAGCCGAAUCGGUAUUUGAUUGUUUACAAUGUUACGGCUUUUAUGUAUGUUUAUUGUAUAUCGCAGAACAUGUGCAUCUUACACAAGUUCUGAUAAGCCUUAAAUAAAAGUCAAUGAAACAUUGA